UGCGCGCUCUCCACUACGGCCGCGCCUGCGCACUGCGUAAGAUCCGGGCUCCGCUCAGCGGCAUGAACGCCAGUUUUCAAGAUGGCGGCGGAGGGAGGAGGGAAGGAGACGAACGAAAUCAAAACUCAAUUCACGACCCGCGAAGGCGUCUACAAACUCCUCACCCACUCGGAAUACAGCCGCCCGAACAGAGUGCCCUUCAACUCGCAGGGCUCCAACCCCGUCAAGGUGUCGUUCGUCAACGUCAACGACCAGUCGGGCAACGGCGACAGGAUCUGCUUCAAUGUGGGAAGGGAGCUCUACUUCUACAUCUACAAAGGCGUCCGAAAGGCUGCUGAUCUUAGCAAACCGAUAGAUAAGAGGAUAUACAAAGGAACGCAGCCGACAUGUCACGACUUCAACCCCCUCACGGCUACAGCUGACAGCGUCUCCCUGCUUGUGGGCUUUUCAGCCGGCCAGGUGCAGCUCAUCGACCCCAUAAAGAAGGAAACCAGCAAGCUAUUCAACGAAGAAAGGCUGAUCGACAAGUCGCGGGUCACCUGCGUGCGGUGGGUCCCCGGCUCCGAGAGCCUGUUCCUGGUGGCCCACUCCAGUGGGAGCAUGUACCUCUACAACGUGGAGAACACCUGCGGCACCACGCCGCCCAACUACCAGCUGCUCAAGCAAGGGGAGAACUACGCCGUGCACACCUGCAAGAGCAAGUCAGCCCGCAACCCCCUGCUUCGCUGGACGGUGGGCGAGGGCGCCCUCAACGAGUUCGCCUUCUCGCCCGACGGGAAGUUCCUGGCGUGCGCCAGCCAGGACGGCUUCCUGCGCGUGUUCGGCUUCGACGCCGCCGAGCUCCACGGGACCAUGAAGAGCUACUUCGGCGGGCUGCUCUGCGUGUGCUGGAGCCCCGACGGACAGUACAUCGUGGCCGGCGGGGAGGACGACCUGGUGACCGUGUGGUCGUUCUCGGACUGCAGGGUGAUCGCGCGCGGCCACGGGCACAAGUCGUGGGUGAGCGUGGUGGCGUUCGACCACUGCACCACCAGCGUGGAGGACAGCGACCUCCCGGCGGAGUUCAGUGGCAGUGACGAGGAGUACCACGAGCAGACUAACUUUGGGGUGGGGCGGGACCGGGCCAACAGCGCCCAGUCGCGGCUCUCCAAGAGGAACUCGACGGAUGGCAGGCCGGUGAGCGUCACCUACCGUUUCGGCUCGGUGGGCCAGGACACACAGAUGUGUCUGUGGGACCUCACAGAGGACAUUCUCUUCCCACAUCUUCCCCUAUCUCGGACCAGGACUCACACGAAUGUCAUGAGUGCCACCAGCUCCCCUGCGGCUGGCACCGUCACCGCUGCUACCACCACCACCGCCGCCGCCGGCAAUUCGAGCGGGACGAAUGGCAGCAAUACGGGGAGCACUGGUAAUAACAGUGGCAACACUACUAAUUCCCUUCCGGCCACCCUGCCGCGGUCUAACAGCCUACCACACUCCAACCCCCAAGGGGGCACUACACCCAACAGCCACCCGAGCAGCAACAGCAGCACCACCACGGCAACCCCCACGCCCACGCCCACGCCCACCACUACCACCCCCGCCAGCAAGGGCGGCAGCAUCAUAGACAGCACCUUCAUCGCAACGGGGGUGAGCAAGUUCGCCACGCUGUCGUUGCACGACUCGCGCAAGGACCGCCACGAGAAGGACCACAAGAGGAACCACAGCAUGGGGCACAUCAACAGCAAGAGCAGCGACAAGCUCAACCAGCUCAGCUCCUCGCGGACGGCCAAGGCCGACGCGGCAAAGACCCUGGGGACCACCCUGUGCCCCCGCAUGGAGGAGGUGCCCCUGCUGGAGCCGCUGGUGUGCAAGAAGAUCGCGCACGAGAGACUCACCGUGUUGAUAUUCCUGGAGGACUGUCUGGUCACAGCGUGUCAGGAAGGUUUUGUUUGCACAUGGGCCCGGCCCGGGAAAGUGGUUUGAACGGCUGUUGAAGAUUUGCCUCUUUCCGGAUGAUGACCCCCCCCCCUCCCACUUGUGUGCCAACUACACCCCUCACCUUUUAAUGUAUAAAAAAAAAAUCACUGCCUGGUUGGUUAUCAAAGUGUCUCUGCCUGUCUUGUCUUUCCACAGGGAUUGCUAUCAUCCCAGAGCCACACGGCCACCCCUCCCAGAGGGACCGUAGUAUAGCCCAGGUGCUGCUGGUCCACAGCUCCACAGCCCGACUAAGGGUGUUGAUCCGGGCCAGGCCCCGCAGCGCUGCUCCGUUAGCACACACCGCGAACGCCGUCCCCGCCGCCGCCAGGACGCCCCGACACUCGGGUUGCUUUACAUUCAAUAGCAAAUAAUUGGCCAAACUGGUCGAAACAUGCAGCUUACUGGCCAAGAGAGAGAAGGGCAAUUGGGAGUGAGCAUGAAAGGUGGUCUAGGAAAUCGUAAGGGGAGGGAAGUGUGUUUGUGUGUUGAGUGUAAUCAAAUAGGCAUCAUUUAGGAAAUAGGCUAGACUUGGCCUGUUGAGGUGCCUGUUGGUUUAGGAGUAGGCAAGGCACAUCUUCAUGUAAGCUUUGACUUCUGUGCAAGCUUACAUUGUACGUCAGGAUGACCACGGUGUGUGUGUGUGUGUGUGUGUGUGUGUGUGUGUGUGUGUGUGUGUGUGUGUGUGUGUGUGUGUGUGUGUGUGUGUGUGUGUGUGUGUGUGUGUGUGUGUGUGUGUGUGUGUUGCACCUAUAUCAUCUAAUAUGCCAUGGACUGUGCAGAUAAUGAGGGAAGACGGCAAGGGGUCGCUUUAGUCCCGGGCCUCGGAGAGUGUGGUGGCUUCUCAUCCCUGUGUUGUUCCUCAACUACAGAAAAGCUUUCAAACCUAAUCAGAUCACCCAUCUUAACUAUAUUUUGCACUGUUUGUUGUGUCUGUCUUACUGUUGGGUUUUCCAUUCAUUUACGAUUUGUGAUGAGGUGCGUCGACACGUGAGCGAAUUCAAAUCAAAGACGGCUUCAGAAGCACUUCACACAUGACUCGUGUACCACCCCCCCCCCCCCCCCCCCCCCCCCCGCUCUCGACGCUGGAUGCUGCAAUCUGUUUUUGUCUUUAAUUUUUAGAAAAAUUGUUUGCACUUAAUAGUUUGAGGAGAAUGGCUUUACAACUGAGUGUCUAAGGACUUCCUGUUAGGGUUGUUGAAAUAUAGGAUUAAAAAACAUUUGUAUCUAUUGAACAUAUAUUUUAAUAUUGUUUAUGAUUAAAUGGGUUCUGUAUUAUUUAUGUAUAUAUUGUAAUUCUAUGAUUUAUGGGUGAAAUGGUUAAUAAACUAGUAAAUUUCAGAAAAAAUAGCGAUAUUUCUAAUACAGAAAAUAUACAUAUUAAAAAUGAAUAACGAAUAUGCAGGUUAUGUUUUUUUUGUCUUCUGUUGUAUAUAAGAGAAUUCAGGUGUAUUUUUCCUUAACGAAAUGUUUAUAUAGAAGAAGAGUCUAUGAAAUCCUCUUAUUUAACAGGUAGCGCUGACUACUAGCAAGCCUGUUGCUGCAGAUGCUAAUGACCUAGGCAGGUAGGCGGGUCUUCCGCACCCUUAUUCAGCCAUCACUCAGAGCUCAGGUACACCACAGGUUAAGGCAAACAUAGCCCCUCCCAUCAGUUCGCAUCAGUCCCAUUCGGAAAGAACCAUCGAUGUGAAAUCACUUGGAACGAGACUGAUAGAGCGCCAUGCGUGCAUGGGGCUAGUGGGAGCUCAUAACAUACGCUGAACUGGUGAACCGUCAGUUGACACUGUGUCCAUUAUUGACGAUUGUCAAUACUGGAUGGGGGUGUGUGUGUGCUUAAGGUGAACGACUUCAUGAGGAAAUCUUAGUGGGAGCCUUUUCCUCAAUGUGACGCCUAUUAAACAGCUUUGACUGACCAUG